GCGGAGGAGUGGAGAGGGGCGGAGGAGUGGUGAGGGGCGGAGGAGUGGUGAGGAGCGGUGAGGAGAGGAACGGGAGUGAAGGGAGAGCGGCAGGCGAGGGGCAUGAGCAGUAACGAGUGUUUCAAGUGCGGCCGCACAGGCCACUGGGCCCGUGAGUGUCCCACAGCCGGGGGUACCGGGGGUACUGGGGUGGCCGGGGGACCCGGGCCAGGCCCCAUUGGGGGGGGCCGUGGACGUGGGAGGAAUCGUGGCGGGAGAGGAGGCUUCGCUGGCGGACGAGAUAACUGCUACCGCUGCGGAGAGUCGGGCCACCUGGCGAAGGAUUGCGAGCUGCAGGAAGAUGCUUGCUACAACUGCGGCAAGAGCGGUCACAUCGCCAAGGACUGCAGCGCGCCACGCAAGGAGCGCGAGCAGUGCUGCUACAACUGCGGCAAGCCGGGCCACCUGGCGCGUGACUGCGAGCACGCCGACGAGCACAAGUGCUACACCUGCGGUGGCUUCGGCCACAUCCAGAAGGAGUGCACCAAGGUCAAGUGCUACCGGUGCGGCGAGACUGGCCACGUGGCCAUCAACUGCAGCAAGGCGAGCGAGGUGAACUGCUACCGCUGUGGCGAGGCGGGACAUCUGGCGCGGGACUGCUCCAUCGAGGCCACGGCCUGAGAAGAGCACCCGGGGCCGCCCCUCCCGUCCCGCCCGCCCCCGCCCCCGCCCCCCCCUCUCUCGCCCCCCAACGAGGGGGGGGGGAAAGAGUUCGGGGGGAGGGGGGCGCACGCAAGUGUCGCCGCCAGUGGAUAAACCGCGCGGAGGAGGAGGAGGAGGAACGGGCUGCUGUUUUUUGAGCUUUUCUUUAUUUUUUUCCACCGAGUUUAUCGGCCCUAACCCACCCUUGUUUAGCUUGGUAGAGGUGUGUGCUAUAUCAAAUUUACUUCAACGAUGAAAAAAAAUUACGAAAGCGUAAGACCAUCCCCCCCCACUCCCUUUUCCUCCUUUCUGGGGCUUUAAUGGUUGUGUUUGACGUGUCUCUCGGGAGGUGGCAUGGGUGUCUGUUUGAGGGAUCAGCAGGGAGAUGGGAGACGAUGUGGUUAACCCAGUGUGACACGCCCCUCCCUCGCUUCGGCUCCCUGCUCGUGGGCCCCCCCCCUCCCUCCCAUUCCUCCCCUCCCUCCGUCCCUCCCCACCACUUUGGUGCCGUCUCAACCAGAGAAACGCCGUCAGCGGGGCACCUCUACGUCUUUUUCUCACACAGGUCUCCAUUGGAGCAGCAGCAGCAGUAAUGGAGCGCGGGUUGUGCUUGCAGGCCCGGCCACGCCGUAGAACCAAGCUAGGGCGUGGGUUCGGGCCAAGAAGGGUCCUGACAAGGCGUGGGUUCUGAACAGAUGUGGUUUCAGAUCAGAAAGUUCUGACCGGAUGGCAGUUCAAAAUGGAUCUGGGUUCAGGCCAAAGAGGCUCUGACCAGGCAUGGCUUUAGAUUGGAUUUGGGUUUGACGCCAAACUGGUUUUUGACCAGGCGUUGCGUACUGAAACGGAUGUCGGUUCUGAACGAAAGUCAGUUCUGAACGGAUGUGGCUAAAUAGGUUCAGGAUGCAUAGGGUCCUGAUGAUGCGGAGUAGGAUUCUGAACAGAUGUGGUUUCAGAUAGGGACGGGGCUUCCAGCCAAAUAGGUUUUGACCUGGAGUGUCCGCUAUUCCUGAUGUGGGUUCUGAACAGAACAAUGUGUUCACAUGUUAAAAUUAUUUGCAGUGUAUGCACAUUCAUACCAGACGUGGGUUCUCAACCAUAUCGGUUUUUAUCCAGAGUUGUGACCAUACCAGAUGUGGGUUCUGAACAGAAACUGUGGGAUAGGAUAGGAUCCCACAGAAGAAGGGGGGUGGUGUGCGGACAAUGCGUACGAUCUGGCUGGAGUGGGCGAUGCAGACUACAGCAGGAGUUUUCUCUGCGUCCACGCCACUGGUCACUUGGUUUUAUCUUAACAAUUCCCGUUGGGGCCACCGAACGCGAUGCAGAGAGGUUUGGAUAUUGCCCGCCCUUGCCCACCCAACUUCCCCCCCGCCCACUACCCAUGAGCCUCAGUUUUUUCUGCAUCUCGGGAGCGAGCUGCAGAAACGUUUUAUCCACCGGCUAAAAUUAAGAAAAAUGCGUUUGAGCCUCCAAACAAGUAACGUACAUUUUUUUUUUAGUGUUAUGCGCCUUAACGAACGCGAUGAUAAAUGGUUACGAUCCCGCAUGUGAAAGUCUCGGGGUUGGACUCUUCCCCCGCCCCUCGUGCUUUUGUACAGGACGCUGUACGUAAGCGAUACGAGCGUGGGGGGAGAAAAAAAAAUAACUUGGCGACGUGGAUCGCGGGCCCGGCGGGCGAUCGCGAUUCUCGUAUUGUCCCAGGCGUUUCGGGCAACGAGCCAAGGUGUGCGUUGCCCCUUUCCGGUCGCGGCCGCAGCGAGCGAUUGCCGUGUUUUGCCAGUUAAGACUUUUGCGUUGCAAUUGCGCCGGCGGUUGAGCACGCCACGUUCAUCAAGGUGACCGUCGGGGGGGAUGGGGGUAGUACAAUCGAGACGUUGGAGCGGCUCCGGCGGGGCGGGGGGGGCGGCACCGUGACCUCUGCACUGCCGAUGGCGGCGUUCAGCUCAACGGAGCAGCCAGAGGGGACGGCCAUCGCCACAGGCGACACGGGAAGGGAGUGAUCAUCGGCUGGGCGACCACCUCGCAGAGGGCGGCAGCGGCGGGUGGGGGGGUCAUUAAGUUAUUUGGCAAAAAGGAACCAAAUGCGUCCAGCUCAAAUACCGUUUUAACUGCCGUCCCCUUCGAAGUUCAAAUCCUUUUCAACUCUGCAUACCUCCGCUUGGCGCGGAGCGAAAGAAGUUCGACGCGCGGAAUGUCCUUUGGCCCCAAAGGCAAUUCCUAACUGUUGCGACAUGAACCAAGUGACCAUUGGAUGGCAGCAUGGACCAGAGAAACAAGUCUUUUUUUUUUACGAAGGUACACAACGUUACUUUAUCAGCUUCCAGUGCAAGCAGCUCGAAACUGGGAGGCAGCGCAGCGAUGAGUGGCGGUGCACUGCGCGCGCGCACGAACACCGUGAAGCGUGGGCCUCGCUUGCGCCAGUGGUGGUGUCGUAUCGAUCGAUCACUGCGCCGAAGUUCGGCGGGCGUUAUUUUUGUACAACUGAACCUUAAGGCGGUACCCCGGCGUUCCGUAGUACCCCGGCUCUCGCAUAAUGUCCGUGAUGCAGUCACGCCGUCUGCUGACGGUCGGCGAUGCGGCAAUCGACGAGGCCGUACACGAUGCACCCGCUACGGUGCGUACGAGCGUUCAGGGUUUCGGCGCGAGCGUCCGCGCUGCAUUUCGACAUCGCGGAGUAGCACUGACUUCGGAUUGAUUGGAGUUAAGAACGCCCCUGGAAAAAAAUAGUGUCCCAGAAAUUAAAUAUUUAAUUGCCUCGGCCAUUGUGUAUUAUUUGGAAUCCCGGGGUAACGCCAUAAGCAUCGACUUAGCUUUGGUAACAUCAAGGCAAAUUGAGAAGAGGAAAAAAAAUCUUUUUUUUUAAAUGAAUUAAGUAUAAGAGACUAGUUCCUUGUUUGUAGCGCUUUAUUCGAACUGUACUUGUCAAUAAAACUGCAGGAGGAAGGGGA